GGGGGUGUGACCUAACGGGGAAGGAGAGCCUCUGUCAUUGUUGAUCCUCUGUUAUUCAACCAUCAAGACGAAGGGGGAUCUUAGGCAUUAACCGAUCCCAAUUCAUCAGUAUGUCCCAAGAGCAGCAAGCGGUGGCUCGUGCUAGGAAAGCCUUUGAAACAGGAAGGUCCAAAUCCAUAGAGCACCGCAUCCGACAGCUGAAGAACCUGCAGAGGUUAUUCACUGAGAAACAGAGUGUGAUUUCAGCUGCAGUCAAGAAAGAUCUCAAUAAGAGCGAUGUGGGGACCCAGUUGUACGAGACUCUGGGUCUGGAGGGGGAGCUCAACACAGCCAUCAACCAUCUGAAGGAGUGGGCUGCCCCUCGGUCCGUUGAGAAGAACCUGCUUACCCUCUCGGACACCGUGUACAUAAAGCCGGAGCCGCUGGGCGUGGUGCUCAUCAUCGGGGCCUGGAACUACCCCUGGGCUGUCACCAUCCAGCCGCUUAUAGGAGCCAUCGCCGCUGGAAAUGCAGCUGUGAUCAAGCCCUCCGAGGUGUGUGUUCACACGGCAAAGGUCAUGGAGGACCUUCUGCCUCUUUACAUCGACAAAGAGCUUUACCCCGUAGUAACCGGAGGAGUGUCAGAGACUCAGGAGCUGCUGCGUCAGAGGUUUGAUCACAUCUUCUACACUGGAAACGGCAUGGUGGGCAAACUUAUCAUGGAGGCUGCUGCCAAAAACCUGACGCCUGUCACCCUGGAGCUGGGAGGCAAGAGCCCAUGCUACAUUGACAAGAACUGUGACAUAUCCAUAGCCUGCAGGCGUGUCGCCUGGGGAAAGUACACUAACUGUGGUCAGACCUGCAUCGCACCAGACUACAUCCUGUGUGAGCCCAGCAUCCAGGACCGGGUCAUCGCAGAGGUCAAGAAGGCCAUAAAGGACUUCUACACAGACAACCCAAAGACCUGUCCCGACUAUGGACGCAUCAUCAACCAACGCCACUUCAAGAGGAUCAUGAACAUGUUGGAGGGCAGCACCGUCGCUGUAGGAGGAGACAACGAUGAGUCCGACUGCUACAUAGCCCCCACAGUUCUGCGUGACGUGAACCCAGAGGCGAAGGUGAUGCAGGAGGAGAUAUUUGGACCUCUGCUUCCCAUAUUGUCGGUCAGCGGCUUGGAUGAAGCAAUCAAGUUCAUCAACAAAAGAGAAAAACCACUAGCCCUCUACUGCUUCUCCUCAGAUAACAAGGUGAUAAACAGAAUGACAGACGAGACAUCCAGUGGAGGAUUUCUGGCCAACGACUGUCUCGUACACUUUUCUGUAGGCUCCCUGCCUUUUGGAGGAGUGGGAAACAGCGGUAUGGGCUGCUACCACGGGAAGUACAGCUUUGACCAGCUGAGCCAUCUGCGCAGUUGUCUCAUCAAAAAGCUGAACAUGGAGGGUGUGAACAGCAUGCGCUACCCGCCUCACACACCCAAGAAACUGGGCUGGGCUCGCUUCUUCAUCCUGAACACUGUAGACCUGGGCUGGAUUGGACGGAUGGCGCUCUUGGCUGUGAUGGCUGUGGUGGCUGCCGUCGUGCUGCAGAAGUAUCUCCUUUGAAGACCUCCCAUUCCUUCCCACGAGCAACAUGCAUUGCAAACCAUUUCAUCAAGGAGACUCUGAAUCAUCAGCAUCUGCACAGGACUGCUGUCUCAGCUUUAGGGUGUUAUGUUAUCCAGUGUCAUGUAGCUCACUGCAGCACGCAUCUUAUUUUAAUGAAGGUAAUUAUUUAGUCCUAUCAAUGCACACUUAAAUACUUAAGAAUCAUAGAAAGAAUCAUAUUAACUUUUGAAUGUAAAAUGUAAUGCUGUGAUUGGCUAAUGAAUGCUUUAAAUGUGAAACUCUACUGUGAUAUAGACAAGCAGAAUCUGAACGAAGAAUGUUUUAUGUAAGGGCCGAGAAAAUGAAGUAAUCUGAAGCUGUUUUUAUUAUGUAGGAGUUACCUACAGUUCACUUUGUGUCCAUUCCAUUUCAAUGAUAGAUGAUCCAUUAACUCCACAUUCAGCCUGAAGGUACUUUAGCAUUUCUGUCCAGUGUAGGUUUAUUUUCCUCACUGUGACUGCAGAGAUUCUGACAAUUUGUCCUGUCUUCCUUUAGUUGACUAAAACCUGAAAGAAUUUAACACAAUUAUAUGUAGGAUCUCUUUUUUCUAAAAAAACCAUAUGCCUGUAACAAAUUGAACCAAUCAUGUCAAUUGUUUGUUUACUUUUAAAUAACAUUAUUUUCUAAAUGUUUUUGUUUUAGCACAUAAUUUAAAUGUUAAGGGAUUUUUAAUAAUGAAUUGAAUAAAUGCAGGUAUCGUUAUAUUAGAUAGAUACUCAAAUAAAUAUAUUUGCGCAUUUG